CACACCACAACACGGCGGGCUUAUGACCGUGUAUAGCCGGGGUUGACGAUCCAGAGGUCAUGGUGAUAACAAUGAUAACUGCCGAUCUACAUACUACUUAUCAUCGAACCAGGACGAGUCUCUCCGUCUGGGUAGCAACGGAGGUUUGGAUAUCGAGAUUGAUACCCAAAUAAGCCGGAGCCCAACCAACUUUUUUUCCUGCAGAGAAGCGAAAGGGAAAAAAAAGGAGUAUCGGGAAUAACAAAAUCAAGGAAGCGAACGGAAGCGAGUCGCUAUUCAUCCCGUAUUGCAUCGUCCCCUUUGGAAACCACCAACCACAUCCAAUAAACCCCACACGCAGUCAUCACUUUUCCAUCACACCCCCAGAAAACGAAAAAGAAAAAAAAAAGAAAUCACAGCAAAGAGCCUGCCCAGUAAGCCAGCCCAGCCCCGAGGCGGACCAAUCCCAAAAAUGCCUGCAGCAGGCGACCACACCCACCAACCCUCGUACCUCAUCGUAGGGGCGGGCGUCUUUGGCGUGUCGACGGCGUACCACCUGAUCCGCGCGCACCCAGGGGCCAGCGUGACGCUGGUAGACCGGGAUGCGGCCGACGCCGAGUCUCGCGUCGCGGCGUCGUGGGACUGGAACAAGGUGGUCCGAGCCGACUACGACGACCUGGCAUACUGCCGGCUGGCGCUCGAAGCCCAGGACGUCUUCGAGUCGGACCCGUUGUGGAAGCCGUACUUCCACAAGACGGGCGUCUACUGGAUCUGCCGCAGCGACUACGCCAAGGAGGUCAUGGCGCACCACCGGGCGGCCGGUCGUGGCGACGACAUCGUGGCGGUGCCGAUCGACGAGGCCAAGAAGCUGUACGGCGGCCUGUUUGCGGACGCCGACUACAACGGCGCCAAGGAGGUGCUCGUCAACCGCGCCAGCGGCUGGGCCGCGGCGGGAGACUGCCUGCGGGCUGUGACGCGGCGGGCGGUGGAGCUGGGCGUCAAGUACGUGGUUGCCGAGACGGCGGUGCUGGAGCUGGACGGGCGUGGGGGCUGCAAGGGGGUCAGGACGACGGACGGGAGGACCAUCACGGCGGACCGCACCAUCCUGUGCACGGGCGCCUACACGCCUAAACUGUUGGAGCUGAGCGCGGCUGCAACGGGGGUGGAUGCGCUACGGUCCGGUGACAGGAUCCUGGCGGCGGGCAUCACGACCGGCAUGGCGGAGCUGGACGAGGAAGAGUACAAGACCUACGUUGAUAUGCCUGUAGGCUUUCAGGGAUAUGUGGGAUAUGGCAAACCAUUCAUCGGCACUCUCCCACCAACAAAAGACAGGGAGCUUAAAUGGUGGGGGUCAAAGAUUUUUACAAACAUGACAGAAGUGCUACCCGGGAGACACGUAUCUGCGCCUCCGCCGGCCAGCGACUAUGCACAAUGGAACGUGUCACGUAGGUUGAAAGCCGAUAUCGUCGAGCAAAAGGAUCUUUGGUAUGGCGAAAAAAGUAAAAAUUGGAAAAUGACCAAGCACAGGAUUUGCUGGGAUGCCUUCACCACGAGCUCCGACUUUAUCAUCUCGCCUCACCCGGCAGCCAAGGGUCUUUACGUGGCUACGUGCGGCUCGUUCCACGGCUUCAAGUUCUUCCCGGUGCUGGGCAAGUGCGUGAUGCAAAUGCUCAAUGGGGAAUUGACGCCUGAGUUGAAGCAGAGAUGGGCCUGGGAUCGGGAGCGGCCGGAUUACUUGAAAAACCCCGAGUAUCCAAAUUCGGACAUGCGGGAUUUGGUGGAUGUAGUAGCGAAGCUAUAGACUUAUUUUUUCGGGGGAGGAUUUUUUUUUUUUAUCUCUUCUUUGUUAUGAUUCUAUUGUUCACGAAGUAUGUCUUUUCUUUUUAUGGUUACGGCGAAAGCGGGGAUGAUUGAUGCAGCGCAAGGGCAGAAAUGAAAUAAAUGCAUGCUGAUAUGAUGGAUGGAGAAAAUGAAUUAAUGCAUCGUGGGCAAACCUGGUUAGGGGGCCCCCCGAUCGAGAUUUAGCGCACACAGUCCUCCGCCAAUUCGCAAUCAUCCUCCACUUUUCUUAUCUCGGAAGCCUUUGGCUGACAAGUAAGGCCAAGGUUGACCUGAAGAUAGUAGUUUCUAGUCCGAACGAAGCCUCGUUUUUUUCUCGUCCUUCUUUCUUCUCGUUUAC